AUGAAGGGGCGGCAAGACGAGGAUCAUAACGUGACACGAGUCAAAAGAGGAUACGUAAGACGGCGACGCCACAAGAAGAUCGUCCGCAUGGCGUCGGGCCACCAGAGCGGCCGUUCCCGAGUGUUCAAGCAGGCCAACGAGUCCGUAAUGCACGCGCUCAGGUACGCCUACUUCCACCGGCGCGAGAAGAAGGGCGAUAUGCGCCGGCUGUGGAACAUCCGCAUCAACGCGGCGGCAAGGGCCAACGGCCUUUCCUACAGCAAGCUCAUCCACGGCCUCAAGCUCGCGGGCGUCGACGUCAACCGCAAGAUGCUUGCCGAGCUGGGCGCCACCGACCCCGAGGCCUUCACCGCAAUCGCCGAAACCGCCAAGGCGCAACUCGCUGCCCAGACGCGGCCUAACCGGCUUUCGACGGCGCUUCGGCGAGUAGCCUUACCCCGUGCAAGCCUGCUUCAACCUAACGGUACGCCGCUAGUAGUCGCCACCGUCAUUCCGGCGUAG